AUGUUUGGUGAAGGUGGAGGUGGAACAGAGGGUGGAGCAGGAGAAGGUGCGGCAGGUGAAGGUGGAGAAGAGGGUGGAGUAGGAGAAGGUGCGGCAGGUGAAGGUGGAGCAGAGGGUGGAGCAGGAGAAGGUGCGGCAGGUGAAGGUGGAGCAGAGGCUGGAGCAGGAGAAGCUGUGGCAGGAGAAGGUGCGGCAGGUGAAGGUGGAGCAGAGGGUGGAGUAGGAGAAGGUGCGGCAGGUGAUGGUGGAGCAGAGGAUGGAGUAGGAGAAGGUGCGGCAGGUGAUGGUGGAACAGAGGAUGGAGUAGGAGAAGCUGUGGCAGGAGAAGGUGCGGCAGGUGAAGGUGGAGCAGAGGAUGGAGUAGGAGAAGCUGUGGCAGGAAAAGGUGCGGCAGGUGAAGGUGGAGCAGAGGCUGGAGCAGGAGAAGCUGUGGCAGGAGAAGGUGCGGCAGGUGAAGGUGGAGCAGAGGGUGGAGUAGGAGAAGGUGAGGCAGGUGAUGGUGGAGCAAAGGAUGGAGUAGGAGAAGGUGCAGCAGAUGAAGGUGGAGCAGAGAGUGGAGCAGGCGAAGGUUGA